UCAAUCACUAUUGUUUUCCCAUGUUGUGGUCUACCUGAGAUUUAGAUCUACCUCAUUUUUAGUAUCAAGCCCUAAAAUUAUCUUUCAAAAUGGAUGGAUGGCGUGGAUAAAACACAUACAUCAUGGUGGGCCCACAUAGCACUGACCACUAGCCACCUGGCCGGUGGCAGCGUCACUAGCCAAACCGUGUCCAAUGAAGUCGGACGAGCGUUUCCGAACGAAAGCAUUGGAAACUCAAAAAUCGUAACCGUAAUAAACAACAGCAGUCCGAUGUAGCCGUUGCAGAACGGAAAUCAAAUACAAAAGAGGAUGCUAUUUUAUGCCGGAUUGAAAUAUGACCGUUACCAUCCCUCAAAGUUCAAAAGAAGGAAGAAUAAUUCAUCACUGCAGAAAGAAAGAGAACCACAGCCAUGGAAGGGAUUAAUGAAGAGAUGCAGCAUCUCAGAUUCAAAGCUUCGGAGCUCCUCCUCAGAGAGGAGUGGAACGAUUCCAUCAAUGCCUACUCUCAGUUUAUCUCUCUCUGCCACCAACACCUCUCGGACUCAGACACCCUUAAAGGAGAAUCUGGUGCUGCUGAUCAGACAUCCAAGCUCACGAAGUCUCUCUGCUUAGCCUUCUCCAACCGCGCAGAGGCCCAAUACCGUCUGAGAGAUUUCUCUGGAGCGCUGGUGGAUUGCGAUCGAGCAUUGGAAAUAGACAGUACCCAUUGCAAGUCUCUCAUUUGCAAAGGCAGGAUAUUGCUCGAUCUGGAUCGGUAUUCCAAAUCCUUGGAUUGCUUCAGACGGGCCCUCGAGCUUCAAAUCAGCGGGGGCUGCGAAAACCUUCAUGGGUUCUUAGAUCGAUGCAAGAAACUUGAAUUCCAAUCGAGGACGGGGGCUUUCGAUCUUUCGGAUUGGGUCUUGAAUGGGUUUCACGGGAAAUCUCCAGAACUCGCAGAAUAUGUGGGCCCAGUCCAGAUCAAGAGAUCGGAGAAUUGUGGCCGCGGACUUUUUGCAACGAAGGAUUUGGAAGCUGGAACUCUGUUAAUCAUGACAAAGCCGGUUGCGAUUGGAAGAGCGAUACUACCAGAACCUGGUGAUGAUUCGGGGGAUUGUGCUCGGAUGGUAAUGUGGAAGGACUUCGUCAAUAAAAUCCUUGAUGCUGCCAAGAGGUGCAGGAAAACCCUUCAAUUGAUUUAUGCGUUGUCGACAGGAGAAGAUGAAGAGGGCCUUGAAGUUCCUGAUUUGAAUCUCUUUAGGCCUGAGACAGAGGAGAGCUGCUUUAGUGAGGAGAAGCCUGACAUGGGUAGGAUCUUAAAGAUCCUGGAUGUGAAUUCCCUAACCGAAGAUGGAACUUGUGCGAAAACUCUAGGGAAGAAGAGUGGCUUCUAUGGCGUGGGGCUUUGGAUCUUGGCUUCCUUCGUUAAUCACUCCUGCAAUCCUAAUGCAAGGCGUUUGCACAUCGGAGAUCACAUGGCAAUUCAUGCAUCUAGAGAUGUGAAGGCUGGGGAGGAAAUCACAUUCGCCUAUUUCGACGUGCUUGAACCGUUGAAGAAACGAAGGGAGUUGUCCAAGACAUGGGGGUUCUAUUGUAAGUGCAAGAGGUGUAGGUUUGAGAAGGAGAUUAGUUACAGUGAGGAAUUAAGGGAGAUUGAGAUGGGGCUUGAAAAUGAAUCAGAAAUGGGGGAAAUCGUUGUCAGACUAGAGGAGAGAAUGAGGAGAUGGAUGGUGAAGGGGAAAGAGAAGGGGUUCUUGAGGGCGUCGUUUUGGGAAGCAUUUUCUGGUGUAUUAAAGUCAGAGAGAUUGAUGAGGAGGUGGGGCAGAAGGGUUCCAGCUGCGGAAAUGGUAGCAGAGAGCGUGGCAGAGGCAGUGGGUGGCGAUGAGAGGGUGGUGAAGGUGGUCGUUGACACGUGGAAGAAAGGUGGGGUUGUGGUGGACAUGGAGAGAGCAAUGAGGUUGGGGAGAGGUGUGUAUGGUAAAAUGAUGAGAAAAAAGGCCAUAAGAGCUCUGCUGGAGCUCGGCAUUUGUGAGCAAAGCUAUUAGAAAAUUUCAAUUCAUCUUUUCGAUUGCUUUUUUUUUUUUUUUUCAAGUGUCUUUGGUUUUCCUGACCAGGUUUUGGAAUUGAAUCACCUUCGUCAGAAUGGGAAUGGAAUUGAAGAUGGUUCAAUUCCAUUUGAGAUUUGUACUUACGAGCAAUAUUACAAAUAUUUAUUGUCAUGGCACCAUCUUCAUAGCAAAAUAAUCAGAUAUCAAGAAACUAAUGAUUCAAUUUUUAUUUUUCCA